CCUUUCGACAAUCGGUCCCUCUGAUGGCGUCCAUUGUGAGUCAAUCCACAGAGAGCAGCCCGACGGCAUCCACUGAACCUAGCAAGCCCUACCAGAACGUCCCCGCCGGAGCUACACCCCACUCGAAUGCCGUAGGAACACCAUUCUUGACACACAGAACCCCUGGCAGUGCGCAGCAUAGUGUAGGGCAGCCGAUCGUGCCAACGCAACCGCUCGUGCCGACGCAACAGCUCGUGCCAACCUUGACCAUCAUCCGUUAUCUACCACCGAACGGUCUUUAUUACAGCCCGGAGUCUUUACACUUAAAGGAUAGCAUUCCGAUAUUGAUAGAGGAGACACAGAAUCAAGAUUCGCACUGUGGCCGCUGCUUGAAACUGCUCUCGAGCCACCCGUACACAUUCAAUACUUGUCCGCAUCUAUGCGGUUUCUGCGGAAAAAAACAUGUCACAGGAGUGAUAAGUUGACACAAGAAGAAGUGAAAUGAUGGCCGGAGUUUGACUCUUUCGAUAGGUUUGCCCGUCAUUGUAUGCGAGCAGUAAAUGGCUCUCUGAGCACUUAGGCACAAAUAUAAAUGACCCACCAUUCCAUGUUCAAAUCCGUCCGUCGAGAGCAGAUGAGGAUCGUCUCAAAACUCACGGUUAUGUCGAUGAGGAUUCGGUGUACAAUGAAUCCGAACUGCCCAAGUUCACCGCAAUGGCAUGGAGCUACCGUUCCACACCAGCCGAGGCCUCGACAGCCGCGACACGUGUUUUCAACUCUUCUACAUCUCAGCAUCCACGGCAGGAUAUGAGAAUGAUACUGAGACAUGAACCUGGAACACAGUUGCCGUCGUCAACUCCGGUAACUCCAAACGUGCCCCCUCAAGUGCAUCUCAAUGCCCCAACACUGGCUGCUACCCCUACUUCACAACAGCCUGAGAGGUCCUACGCUGCGGAGCCAUAGAUCAUGCGUCUCAUAGAGCAUGAACACGAGCAGGACCGCACAACUGAGGUACAGCAGUUGCGAGCAAAGGUAGAGGAUUUGCAAGCCACGAUCCAGGAGCUGCGAAACCAACAAAUCUUGUUUCGCCAGGAAGUGAAUGAUAAGCUCCGAAAGCUUUCCAACGAGGUUCAGGUUCUCAUGGCUCAGAAAAUGCAUGCAAAUCCGACUGACACGGGAGCUAAUAAUGACCGACCGUCGGCCCCAAAGCGGCGCCGCACAGAGCGUCACGUGGAGGCACCUGAAGAUGACCUCAUGAGUGACGCUCCAUCUCGAAGCAUCCCAACCAUCGACAGCAUCGACAUCGCCGUCUCGAGUACAACGCCCCGGUGUUUUGCCAAUGGUUUGGAGAUCUUUGUGUAUGAUCCUGCCAGCAACUCGCGGAAGUCACUAUUCUCACUGCCCAAGGAGGUCUCCGAUCAGCUCAUGCGUGGAUUCCGACAGAUUCCUAUCACUCCCGCGCGCAAGUAUGUGGUUGUUGGGCUACUAGAUCAUUUUGAUCACGCAGAAUAUUUUGCGAGUGGAAAAUGCAUCCUGAGUUACGUGGAAAAGAUGCGAAAACCUAGGGACAGUGGCUUGACGGCUUGCAUCAAUUGCGUUGGUAAAGGUCUGCCUUGCACAUUCAUCAGGCGCGAUAUGCGGGACAACUGCUUGGUUAUAUACCCCAAGCCGGCCGACAAAAUUCCUGCUGGAAAGACGUGGAGGGACAUUGAGUUCUGGAUGUAAAUGCUGGAGCGCAUGUGUGUUCACUGAGGACAGCUACUGUCAAGGUAGGGCUUCCAUCGGUCCAGUAUUAUGUCGCCAA